UUGUCCCCUCCGGGUUGCCGUAGCUACAUGAAUCUGAGCGCAGCUGUACUAGACAGGUGUCUGCUGGGAAAGUCGGUGCCGUGUACACAGCUGUCAUUAUUACUCUGGUUGUUAACGUCACCCGUGAGGAACAACGGCAGCUUAUUUAGACAACUGGAGACGGAGAAUCGACGCAAAAAUAGCCUUAAGAAACCCUGAAAAAGUAAGAUAAGGAGUUCAUUAUUCUACAGAGACCAUUUCUACAGUGCAAUGGCUUCAGCUGUGGUGAGCCUAGUUCCUACUACUGCUUCUCGUUUUGCGCUGCUACAAGUGGACAGCAGCAGUGAUUCUGACUCAGAAAAUGCUAGAGGAGUUCGCAGUGCCGGAAAGUCUCGCACUACAUCUUCUACUGGCGGGAAAUCCAAUUCAAAUGAGAAGAAACGGGAAAAGAGAAGAAAAAAGAAAGAGCAGCAACAAAGUGAAGCUAAUGAGGUACUUUUCAUAAAACAGUCCGACCCUUUGAGUAAUUUUUUAUAUUUUCUAAUUAAAUAUUUGCAAAAUACAAAAGAUCAAGACAGUGGGGUAAACGAAUCACCUCAGACAAAAAGACCAAACAAAAAAGACAAGAGGAAGAAUCAGCAAGGAAAGGACAAACCACUCACAGUGCCGUUGAAGGACUUUCAGUUAGAAGAACAGAAUCCAAAAAAACAGGAGGAUGUAAAAGCGCCGCCAUCAUUGUCACAGGAUGGGGGAUUUUUCAAUAAAUUAGAGGACGAUGUAAGCAAAAUAAUCUUAAAAGAGAAAAGAAGAGAACAAAGUGCAUUUCAUGAUGGAGCAGAAAGCCUUGCACACACAGAGUACAGUCAAGAGUCUGUACUGAAAGAUGGUAGAACUGAGAUGUUGAAGCUGGAAUUGGAAAAGAAGGAUAAGGAAAUUCACCUGAUAAAAAGUGUCCUUACGCAGUGGCAGGCAAAAUACAAAGAAGUGAAGGCAAGAAACGCACAGCUUCUCAAAAUGCUACAAGAAGGGGAAAUGAAAGAUAAAGCAGAAAUCCUGCUACAGGUUGAAGAGUUACUAUCUAUUAAAACUGAAUUAACAUCACAGGUCACAGGUCUUCAUGGUGCAUUAGAGCAAGAAAGAUCUAAAGUGAAGAUUUUACAAGCAGAGCUAGCCAAAUAUCAGGGUGGCAAAAAAGGUAAAAGGAAUUCGGAAUCAGACCACGGACGGUGAUCAAGCAUUAUCCAGCUUAUUUAAGAGCUGAAGGGACGUUUUCUAAAAGCACUAACAUUUCUGCAGAAUUUAACGUAAUGCUGUUCAAUGCCAUAUUGUUAGUUUUUCAUUAUUAAAUAAAGCUUAUUCUUCUGUU